UUCCGAGAUUUUUGACGUCUUGGAGUUGUUCUUGUUGGAUCGUAUGAUAUCUGAUGAUAGAUUCCAUCGGUCUUAGGUAAGAUCUUUAUGAACGAGAGAAUGCUUCCGGUGAAGAAUUCCGACCUCUGGCUUUUGUGAUAUUUAGUUUCUCUUGCAGGAUCAAUUCUCCAUCGACAUAACAUGGAUGUCAGUGACGAUGGCGAAGGCUCUCUCGAGGUCGGCACAACCGGCACCAUUGGCUCCCUGAUGACUCGAGAAUUAGAAUCCAUGAAGCACUCGGAACAAGCAUCUUCUUCCACUCGAAGAAGACAACAAACAGGUCCCGUCUUCGUACCCUGCGGUGCUGCUCCUGGGAAAGCAUCGCGAAGGAGAAAUCAAGCAGAUGGAUGUGGCAGCAGCGGCAGCAGUAUCGGGCAGGAUCACUGUGCGGAUGCUCAGAAACGCCGACACAGCACACGCAAAAAUGGCCAUCGAGUUCCGAUAUUAGGGUCUGGUGACAGUCCCAUGGCUCGGAACUCUGGUAAGGAUAAGGUGGAGAAGAAAGGCCACGGUUACACUGUGGAAGUUGUCGAUCUGAAGUGCAGCAACCCGAUGAGCAACCGCCUCAAGAAGCUCAGCUUCUCCAAGCUCUCCGAAUCCAUCUCCUAGUCCUCGGGCAUGCUCAGCUUCUUCCCACUCUGUUCUCAGGUGCCUGUACAUUCAUUUUCACUCUCUGCCGUUCCACCGUAAAGACUGGAUCAGAAUCUGCCGUAAAAUUAAACUCCGAUUCGCUUUCAGCAGGCAUUAACUCGAUGUGUAAUACCCUCGAGAAAGGGAAGCUGCCCCGAGGGUGGGAGACUUUGACAAUUUGCACAGCCACCGAGGAAGAUAGAUACAAGAUUUAUGAGACGCGGAUUGGCGGUCACCAACCAAGUUGGAUAUGUCGGAUCACCGUAGCGGUCGAUCGUAAGCUUUCUAAGAUCGAUCACAUCUCUCCCUUGGCUUCCUACGCCAGGAUUCCAGGACAACAACGGUUGAUCGAGGUGCUCUUUCUCCUUUAAUUUUGCUUCCGCGGCCUCCUCCUUGCUCUCGACAUUCUCAAGCUUCUGUACAGUAAGUCGCCUCGUGAUACUUCUUAGGUCCUUCGACUCUCCCAUGAGGUGUCCUCAAACCAUGUCAUCUCUUGCAUUCAAAUGGCACCUUUUCAGAUUCGGCACUUGCAGGUGGCAAAGCCUAGACAUCGAUUUAGGCAGUCGUAUGAUCAUAGUGUGAGAAUGGUCUCAACACCGAAGACGUGGGAGGUCACAGAUAGCCUCUGGUAACGUCUGACCACCAUGUGGGCUGUAUGACAAAUCCAACACUCGCAGGCUCUUGAUGUUUUCUAGGACUUGGCAGAACUGUUGCAAUUCUCUGAGCGCGGCUCGACAGUAGAUUGGUCAGCACGAUUCUUUGAUUGCUGGAGACUUUUUGAACAUUGUGCAGCAUAAUUGUAGUCCUUAUCAUAAGCAUCAUCUUUGAGUUCACAUAGCCAAUCGGUCAGUACUCGGCUCUCGAUCGGCUUCCCCUCAGCUGCAUGGAUCAUAGCUUGGAUUCGAGCAAGUCUGUCCUCUACAUCCACAAGCAUGUU